AUUCCCUGCAGUUAAUCUCUCUCUCUCUCUCUCUCGCCCAUGGCAGACGUCGUGGUGGUGUUCGACUUCGACAAGACUAUCAUCGACUGCGACAGCGAUAACUGGGUCAUCGACGAUCUCGGUGGCACGCAGCUGUUCGACGAGCUGCUCAAAGCCAUGCCGUGGAACUCCGCCAUGGAUAGGGUGAUGGAGGAGCUCCACUCGCAGGGUAGAACGAUUGAGGAGAUCUCGGAGAACCUGAAGAGGGCUCCGUUGCCCGCCAACGCCGUUGCAGCCAUCAAAUCAGCUUACGCUCUCGGAUGUGAGCUGCGGAUUGUUAGUGAUGCCAACAGAUUCUUCAUCGAGACCAUUCUGAAGCACCAUGGCCUCAUGGCCUACUUCUCGGAGAUCCAUACAAACCCAGGCUAUGUUGAUGAGGAAGGGAGGCUGAGAAUUUUCCCUCACCAUGACUUCAAAUCUUCUUCCCAUGGCUGCCGUCUCUGCCCUCCCAACAUGUGUAAGAGUGCAAUCAUCGAGAGGAUUCAAGCAUCAGCAUUCCUCGAGGGGAGGAAGCGGUUCAUCUACCUCGGCGAUGGAAAAGGAGACUACUGCCCGUCGCUGAGGCUGAACGAAGAGGACUGCGUGAUGCCAAGGAAGAACUACCCACUGUGGCAGCUCAUCGUUGACAAUCCUCAGGCCCUCAGAGCUGAGAUCCAUGAGUGGAGCAACGCAGAGGAGCUUGAGCGAGUCUUGCUUCGGCUCAUCAGUGAGUCCGCCUCGGCUGAUCGCAGCAGCCCCAGCCAGCUGAUUUCAGUCGAUUGCAAGUUUCAGACACUGCCACCGUCUUCCAUCGAGGCUUUUCCCAAGUCUCUUCCAGUUCCUAACUAAACGUGCCAGUUUUGAUCCUUGGAUAUGCUGGUGAUGAUGCCGAACCAUUCGAAUGCCAAUAUGUAAGCCUCUUUUGUUGCA